CUUAAAUUGUCCACAUUAGAAGCUGUGCGACAAAGUGACGAAGCCCAAUUUAUACUUGGUGAGCUUUACUAGGUCAUCAAUGACUUCUAGGGCAGACAAAUUACAGUCAGUCAGGAUACGCUGCGAUCUCUUCUGAUAUCCACCAUACGGAAUUCUGGCGCGCAUUUACCAUCAAUCAUUGAAUUCAAUGGUUUCGGAAUCAACCACGUAGCUCAAUUUGAGUCUAUUAAUUAAAGCCCAUGGCGAUGUAUUUUGCAUCAACUUUAUAGCUGAAUUUUGUUUUCGAGCUCUGCAUCGAAAUUCUGGUGAAGCAUUUCACGCUAUGGCCUUAUCUCCAGUCUCAAUCUACGGGUUCAACCAGAAUGACUAUAUUACGAGAAGUUCAAAUGAUUCUCUUCUUAAGGACAACAGAAGAUUUGGAAGUACAGCUUUUUAUUGCUGGCCACGGGUCAGGAAUAAACAAUGUCCUAAGUAUCAACUUCGAUUUGCCUUAUGUGGUAAAAAUAAAUUUGUAUGCAAACCCAAUUAUUUUGACCUUGCUACAUGUCGAAAUGAAAAAAUUUCUGGAUACAAAAGAAAAGCGCUUGAUUUUGGUGCACAGAAAACAAACAUACGUUCGCAGAUAGACCUUUCUGCAGAUCAAGCAAAAAUUUGUAGGUGUAGAUGGAGCGGAGAAAGAACGUUUCCACUGGUCUUGAAAGCUACCAAUAACAUAAAAGCAUGGCUGAGUGACGCUAGUUUUAAAUGCAGCCCCCAAUCAACAAUGGCAACAUUCUCUGUAUUAUGGAUUCUCUUCUUUAGUCCGCCUUCUUAUGCUGAUGAUGAUGGGCCAAAGAUCUAUUCCUGUUUGUUCAAAGAGUGCAGAGAGGAAUUAGUACGCUGCAUUGCAGACCCAGCCUGUGCAGCAAAUGUUGCUUGCAUCGAAAUGUGUAAUAAUCGUCCUGAUGAGACAGCAUGUCAGAUCAAAUGUGGAGAUCUGUUUGAAAAUGAUGCUGUAGAUCGCUUUAAUCAAUGUGCAUUGUCACGAAAGAACUGUGUACCUAGGAAAAAAGGUGAAGGGGUGUCCCCUGUUCCAGACCCUUCUGCUCUUGUUCAAAAUUUCAACAUUGCUGAUUUCAAAGGACAGUGGUACAUAAGUGGAGGCUUGAAUCCAAUUUUUGAUACCUAUGAUUGCCAAGUGCAUGAGUUUUAUCCUACAUCAAGCAAUCUUACCGGAAAAUUGUCAUGGAGAGUAUCAACCCCUGGCGGUGGUUUCUUCACUCGUCAUGCUAUUCAAAGAUUUGUGCAAGAUUCCUCUCAACCUGCGAUUCUCUACAAUCAUGAUAACGAGUAUCUUCACUAUCAGGAUGACUGGUACAUAAUUUCAUCUAAUAUAGAAAAUAAACCAAACGAUUAUAUCUUCAUUUAUUAUCAAGGCAAAAAUGAUGCAUGGGAAGGCUAUGCAGGUGCUGUUGUUUAUACACGAACCCCAACCUUUUCUUCCAGUAUUAUCCCUGAGAUAGAAAAAUCUGCUCAAAUGGUAGGAAUAGAUUUCAAAAAGUUUAGGAGAACAGAUAACACAUGUGGCCCUGAACCCCCUUUAUUAGCUAGAUUAGAGAAAACGGUUAAGAAGGGUGGGCAAGCAUUUGCAAAAGAAGUAGAAUUAGGGAAAGAUAUUAAAAUAUUUGGAAGGUCAUAAAUGAGCUUAUUUUAUGGAUUUAGAAAUUGGAUAGGGAAAUUUGAGAGGAUAUGUAAAAUUUCCAAUAAGAAUUGAACAAAGAAAUGAGGUAUCCUACUAUCACCCACCCAUUUAUUCAGCCAUGUGGACACACAUGGUGAAUGGCUUGUCUAUGCUGACCUACAUGACCAAUGACAUUAUUGGUCAAUUUUGUGGGAAUUGGUACAAGUGUUGUUUAAUGUAAACUAUGGACAUUAGUGCAUUGAGAGACACUAUAAUUUGUAUAUAUUGAUGAGACUUGACUUUAUUUAUUAAUUGAUGGAUGGAUCUU